CACUGCAGGCGCUCAUACAGAAAUGCCUCCCCUCCCUCUGCGUCUCACACACGGUGGACUCGUCUGAGGAACCGAACUGGAGAACUACUCAAACUGAAUGUGGACCUUAAAUUCUUUCAUCGGCCUUUUUACAAUAUUGCAGUAAUAUAAUUGCAGAAGUUCUGUUUUCUACAGCUGUUCAAGUGCGUUGAAGGAAACCGUAGGUGGGUUUCAUUAAUGGUCCAGUACAACUUCUAGCCCUCCUCGACCGUGCACAAUGAGCGUGUGUGGCUGCAGCGCCUCGUACCUGUGGAGGUGGCUGCUGAAGGCUCUGUUGUUCUUGGCUGCUGUGCUGCCGUCGAGAGGCGACUGCCCCAAAUCCUGCGCCUGCAACGUCCCCAGUGAAGUACACUGCACCUUCAGAUACUUGACCGCAAUACCUGACCACAUCCGGCCAGCUGUGGAAAGAAUUAACCUCGGGUACAACAGUAUAUCUGUCUUGAGAGAAAAUGAUCUUUCAGGACUUGAAAAUUUAGAGUUGUUGAUGCUGCAUAGCAACACUAUCCACAGUAUUGAUGAUCGAGCCUUCCAAGACCUCAGGUCUUUACAGGUCUUGAAGAUGUCUUUUAAUAAAGUAAAGGAAAUCAAAAAAGAGACGUUCAAGGGCCUGGACAGUCUGCUGAGACUCCACAUGGACCACAACCACAUUGAUUUCAUCAGCCCAGAGUCUUUCUAUGGCCUAACCAAACUACAGUUGGUCCAUCUGGAGGGUAACCACCUCCAGCAGCUCCACCCAGACACAUUCAUCACACUGAGAUACAGCCAGGUGUUCAAGCUGUCCUCAGUAAGACACAUCCACCUGUCAGACAACCUCCUCACCACGCUGCCUGAAAACAUCUUCUCAGGCUGCAGCCAGUUAGAGAACCUCUUCCUUCAUGGCAACCCAUGGACCUGUGACUGUCGUAUGACAUGGUUCUCAGUGUGGGCACAGAGGAACACAGGUGUGCUGAAAUGCAAGCGAGACAGGAUAUAUCCAAGAGGCCAGCUGUGUCCUGUUUGUGAAAAUCCUGCUCCUUACCACAACAGACCUCUAUCCCUUCUCCCCGGGGUCGACUUCACCUGUACCAAACCCUGGAUCCAACCCCAUCUAAAGCAGAAAAACAUCAGCCUGAAUGAGGGGGACUUUACUCCAGUUACCCCCAAGGACUUUAUAGCACCAUUGGGCUCCAUACAAAUGAAGCUGACAGACCAGUUUCACAAUGAUGCUAGUCUAUCCUGCACUGUCCAGAGGCCCUCAGCUUUUGAGAACUUGACACAAACCUUGGAGGAGGAGGAGAGAAAGAAUGUCACUCUGCUAACAGCUGGCAUAACUGCAUAUUUGGUGUGUAACAUUGACUAUGAACACAUACGGCAGCUUUGGCAAAUCCUGGCCACCUACAGUGACUCUCCCAUGACAAUGGAGAGAGGCUUAAUGCUGGCCAGAAGCCCAGAAAUGGUAUACAGGUAUAGUCAGAUAAAAACAAAAGAGGGAGAGGAAGGAAUUUACACAAACAUCGAGGCGGAGAUUAAAGCCUCCCCUGCAUGGUUGUUGCAGGGAGAGGUGAGCUUUCAGCUUGAUCGCACUACUACCACUUUCUCUACUCUGCACAUUAAGUACCAGUCUGUGGUCAACCUACGUGUGGAAAACACAUCACCUAAGAAAGACCAUUAUUCCUGGACCAUGAUCAAGCAAGAUAAUCAAACCAAGACUGAGCACACUGUACUUACAGGAGGUGUGGUGCAAUUGAGCUGUCAAAUCCGGGGUGAGCCAAAGCCUUUGUUGGAGUGGAUUUUACCUGAUGGAAGUAAGGUCAGAGCUCCUUACUCAAGUGAGGACAGGAGGAUUAUAAUUUCUGCUGAUGGGAAGCUCACACUGCGAGGCGCAGAUUCUUCAGACACUGGCCUCUACCGUUGCAUCAGCACAAACUACCUGGAUGCAGAUAUCCUUGUCUUUCGAGUGACCGUUCUGUCCCCUGAUGUGGAAGAGGCAGAGAUCAAUGGUGUCCGAAUCUCAAGGCCACUGGGUGAAAAACUGGUUUUUAACUGUAGUUCCUCAGGGAGUCCUGAGGCCUUGGCACAGUGGGUGCUCCCUGACCACUCAGUAUUGGACAAGUCUCAUGGGAACCGGAAAGUGUAUGAGAAUGGAACCUUGCUGAUUCAGAGUCUCACAGCGAGAGACAGAGGAUUUUACAGGUGUUUGGUCUCUAAUCACCUGGGAGUUGAUCUGCUCGUGUCCCAGGUGACAGUGACUGGAGAAACAUCUGAAAAGGUGACGGUUUUGGACAUUGAGGGAUCAGGGGUCAAAAUGGAGGACAAGGUUGACCUGAGCUUGACUGAAAACACAGUCACACUCAAUAAGGUCCCCUCUUCUAGUCCCUCUGACAGAACUAGUCAGGAAUCUAGGACCAUCACUUCAGAUCGCCCUUACCCCAGACUCAGGUCAAAGGCUGGAGGAGGUAGACUGGGACAGAGGAGGAGGGGGACAGUCAGCAACAGACGCAUCUGGAGUAGUAGGGUGUUUGAUAAAGCUUCCAGGAAAGUGGACCCACAGAAAUUUGCUGAACUAAUGAAAAAGGCUCAAGAUGGAUCAAGAAUAAAGACUGGCACCGAGAAAAAGGGGGUAAAGUAUGAAGACUCAAACACAGAUCUUUCUGGUGAUGGGGAAAUUGGCUCUGGUGAGCAUCAUCAGGAAGAUCAUAUCAUCAUUGUGCCAAAGAUAGUUAAACCAACUACAGAUAGUCCAAAUGGACAAGAGAAAAGGAAGCCUGAAACUACCACACUGACAAAUAAGGACAGUAAUUUAGCAACAAUGGGGACAGUUGUCCAGACAGUUGGCAUAGACUCCACAGUAAGCAAUCACAUUGUAAGUCAAGUGUCUGAAAAUAAAAAUACACCAACAACAGAGUCAUAUAUGCAGUCAGAUUCUACACCAAUGAAGUUCACAUUCACACACCAUCCAUCAGAAAGAAGUAAAAGUCAAAGUGAUGCAGUUACACCAUAUUACACAGUUUCACACAAUGCAGGUCUCUUUAGUUUUGAUGAGACCACUGCACUUUAUGCUCUGGAAAGAGCUUCCAAUCCAGGCUUGAACAAGCUCCCAGUCACUCUCCAACUUACUGUGACAGACACUUCAGAAGAAACUCAGCUCCAGUUCUCAGGAGAACAACCUGCAGAGCCUGAGACGUCCACUGGGGCGGCUCUAUCAUUUACUACAGACCCUCAUGUCACUCCAAUGAGGGAUGGCCCAGUGGAGCUAGUCAUUCACACAGACCCAGAACGCCAGGCGACAUUCACAGCCUUUACUACCACAGAGAGACAGCAAAAUGAGAUAACCUUCCGCACGACCCAGACAAUCAAAUCCCCACGUCUGCCUGCAGGAUCCACUAUCAUCUCCCGGCAGCAGAUCCAAAUCAUCCCACACAAGAACAGCAGAGGAGGGGGCCGCAGGAGGACCUUCCAAGGCCGCAGGAGGAUAAUUAAACCCAACAGGAUCACCAACAUACAGUCCUUGAUCAAUAAACUUAAAGAGCCCUCAUCAAAGAAGGAAGGGAACAUCACAGUGCCUUAUAGAAUUGAACUGACCACAGACUUUGAUGAAGACAAAAAGAAGACAGCAACCACUGGUCUGCAGGUGGUCACACCAACAGCUUCCUCCAGUUCAUCUUUACACAGAACAGAGAGACUUUCCUCGACACAAAGAACUGCAGCUUCUACCACAAACUAUUACAUCACUUCAAAUGCCCCCUUCACCCAUACAGAGUCUAGGCCAGAUGUUUCCAGUGGCUACAUGACCUCUGCUGAUGCCCCCGAGUUUGACCCUACAAUGGAUCCAUUUUUUACCAAAAAUAAAGACUUGUCAAUCUCCACCACUAUCACUACUACAACUGUCUCUAAGAUUAUCCGUGGAAGAAUUCCAUGGAAUGAGCUGUUUGGAAGCAAGGAGAGGGAAUAUAUACUGAGCAGGCUAAGGAAGCCAUCCAUCACCCCAAAAACCUCAACUACAGCCCUAACUACAACACUGACCCCAACCACAACACCUGCUGCUCUGUCCACCACCAACGAGAACUCCCUUCCCGAACCUGAGACUCUGUCCCCGUCCAGACACACAGGGAGCAAAGAGGGUUCAUUAGAUGAUGACCACGGAGAGUUGUCCUCUGCAGAUUUUGAGUUCACAACAUUGCGACCCAGCUUUCACUCUCUAACUUCUACCAGUCCAUCAUAUUACUCCAAGUCUGCCACCACUGCUGAAACACCACCAGAAUCACAUACUCUACCUUCCCCACCUACUGUCAAACCUCCUUCAAUUGAAAAUCUUGAUGAAGGCCUACUAUCUGGGUCUGGGGGACUAGCUGAUAACUGGUUAAUAAUCAAACAGAGGCCUGGUGCGACAAGAGGAAAGCAAGGGCGGAGAAGAAGGCCCUUAAAGGGCAGGAGACCCUUCACAAAACCAGCAAUCACUAAAUUUCACCCUACAACUGAGGCUUUAACUACAACUAUGGGAACUACAAUGGAGGCAACCACACAACGGACUGUUUCACUCUAUAAGCCCCUUUACACACCAUCUAGGAAAGAGGAUAGCACACCAGUAGUUGUUGCCACUGCCCAAACAUCAGAGAAGGAGACUGACUUAUAUGAGGAAUUUGGCUGGAGCACAUCUAGCAGUUUAACAGCCUCUACUACAACCAAGGCACCUUUCAUUCCUUCGACCACACUUACCCCCACCACCACAUUUAUGCAAAUUAACACACAAGUGCCUGACACAACAGCACAACCCAAAGUCUACAGCAACAUCAGACCACCAACACAGAGGUACACCGGUCACACCACUCGUAGGCCACCAUUGAGGAGACUCGGACCUAGUGUGCAGAGCAGUGGUGCCAGAGACCGUGCAGAUAAAGGCCUCGAUACAAAGACCAUUCUAACAGCUGAGCAGGGAUACACUAACACCCCUGCCCCAUACAACAACAUAGGUAAACACAAUGCCUUCUCAACUGCUUAUAAUCAUCGCACUGGCAAUGAAGCUACACGUGCCAAUAUUGCUGGCUUUGAGCCCAUUACAAAGGUCAUGGCAAACAAACCGAAGAUAGUUGGUGGCAAUGCAGCCAGCUUCACCGUGUUAUCUAACUCAGAUGCUUUCCUGCCAUGUGAGGCUGUUGGAAACCCUCAGCCAGCUAUAACCUGGAAACGAUUCUCCGCAACUACAGGAAGCACCGUUACUGUUAAGGGGAGGAUGGGCAAGUUUGAGGUGUUGAGCAAUGGCACACUGUCCAUCCAGAAUGCCAACAUUAAGGACCGUGGCCAGUACAUCUGUCUAGCUGAGAAUGAACAUGGAUCAGAUAAACUUUUUGUCACCCUCUCUGUGGUGGCCUACCCCUCGCGCAUCAUGGAGGCAAAAAUGCGUGAGAUAAAAUCUCAUGCAGGAAACACUGUGGAGAUGAAAUGUAAAGCAGAGGGUCGGCCCACACCCAUUAUAUCCUGGAUCCUGGCCAACCGAACACAGGUCAGGGGUCAAAACACCGAGAAGAGAAGGGUAUCAGUAUCUGCUGAGGGGACCUUGGUCAUUGAGCAGGUGUCUGUUUAUGACAGAGGUCAUUACAAAUGCAUCGCCAGUAAUCCAGCUGGAGCUGAUACUGUUACAGUCCGACUGCAGGUGGUGGCAGCUCCCCCAGGUAUUGUGGAGGAGAAACGGCAACAGGUGAAAGCGGGUGUAAACAAAAAUAUUUGGCUACCCUGCACUGGUCAGGGCAGCCCUCAGCCUACUAUUCACUGGGUCCUCCAUGACGGGUCAUUGGUGCGACCUCACAGACCUGCCGGAGACACAAGGAUAUCAGUGUAUUGGAAUGGAACUCUUCACAUUAAGGAUAUGACUCCAGCAGACAGCGGCAAAUAUGAAUGUAUCGCUACCAGCUCUACUGGCUCAGAGAGAAGGGUGGUGACUCUAACAGUAGAGAGGCAAGAGUCUGCACCUCAAAUAGUGGAGACAUCCCAGCGCAUGACAUUGUUGUUCUUUGAGGACCUGCUGAGACUAAACUGUUCAGCUACAGGAGACCCUAAACCCAGGAUCAUCUGGAGGCUCCCCUCUAAAGCUGUGGUGGACCAUUGGCACAGGAUGGGCAGCAGAAUUCAGGUUCUGGAUAAUGGUACGCUUAUUGUAAGUACUGUGAGUGACAAAGACGCUGGAGACUAUCUCUGUGUGGCAAGAAACAAAAUUGGUGAUGACGUCCAACUCAUGAAGGUCAGUGUGUCAAUGAAGCCAGCGAAGAUAGAGCCGAAGCUCUAUGGGAAGAAGCAGGUGCCCUACGGUAAUGACUUCAAGGUUGACUGUAAAGCGUCAGGAGCACCAAAGCCUGAGAUCUCCUGGGGUCUACCAGAUGGAAGAGUUGUCAACAGCGCUCUUCAGUCAGAUGCGAGCAGUGGAGGAGGACGAGCACGACGCUAUACACUUUUUGACAAUGGAACUCUUUACCUAAACCAGGUCGGAAUGUCCGAGGAAGGGGACUACACCUGCUUUGCUGAGAACCAGGUGGGCAAGGAUGAGAUGCAUUUACAUAUCACUGUGGUGACCACUGCCCCCAGGAUACGUCCAACCAGCCAGACUUAUGCCAGGGUGAAGCCUGGAGGGAACAUCCGCUUUGACUGUGAAGCACUUGGGGAACCCAAACCCAAGAUCCUGUGGAUGCUGCCCACCAACGAUGUCAUUGCAGCAUCUAAUGAACGCUACCUAAUGCAUGUCAAUGGCUCCCUGGAUAUCAGGGAUGUGAAGCUUAUCAAUGCUGGGGAGUAUGUUUGUAUGGCUCGAAAUCCUGCUGGAGAAAAUAGAAAAGUCUACAAGCUUGAUAUAGAAGGGAAUCCACCAGUGAUCAAUGGUUACCGGCAGAACAGAACUGUAGUUAAAGAUGUAGCUGGUAAAUACUCCAGGAAAUUAAUAGACUGUAAAGCAGAGGGCAAUCCCAAGCCUAGUAUCACUUGGAUUAUGCCUGAUAACAUCUUUCUGACAGCACCAUACUUUGGCAGCAGGAUUAACGUCUACCAUAAUGGGACAUUAGAGAUUCGUAACGUGAGGCCGACUGAUACAGCCGAGUUCAUCUGCAUGGCGAGAAAUGAUGGAGGAGAAGCAGUAAUGGUGGUGCAGCUUGAGGUCAGCAGUGUGCUCCAAAGGCCGAUCUUCAAGAACCCCUAUAACGAACGUAUUGUGACUCGGAUUGGGAAAACUACAGUUCUGAACUGCUCUGCAGAUGGAUACCCAAUGCCAGAGAUCAUUUGGACUUUGCCCAACGGAACACGGUUUACUGGUAGCCACCACCUAGGUAACAAUGGCACUUUAGUUAUCUACAAUCCUCGCAAAGAAGAUGCUGGGAAGUACCGCUGUGGUGCCAAGAAUUUAUUAGGCUACAUUGAGAAACUAAUCAUUUUGGAUGUCGGGCAGAAGCCGUACAUCUUGACAAGGCCUAGGGGCAUCAUACGCAGUGUGUCUGGAGAACCUCUCUUUCUUCAUUGUCUAUCUGAUGGAAGUCCCACACCCAGAAUCUACUGGACCAUUCCUGGUGGCCACACUCUUACUCGGCCUCAAGUUCUCGGGCGCUACCAGUUACUAGCGAAUGGUACUUUGGUUGUUCAGGAUACAACUCUCCACGACCGAGGGAACUACAUCUGCAGGGCUCGGAGCGAUGCUGGGGAGGCUGUGCUCACUGUCCCUGUUAUUAUAAUCACCUACCCUCCACGGAUCACAACAGGGCCACCUCCCAGUGUGAGGGUGGUGACCGGGACACCUAUCCAGCUCAACUGCGCUGCCGUUGGGAUCCCCAAGCCAGAGAUCACCUGGGAGUUGCCCGAUCGUUCAGUUCUGUCUACGGCAGAACAGGGCCGACCUACGGGUAGCGAACUGCUCCACCCUCAGGGCACACUUAUCAUUCAGCGGCCCAAAGCCUCUGACUCUGGCACAUACAAGUGCCAGGCUAAGAAUUACCUGGGUACAGACUCAAAGCUCACAUAUGUACAUAUAUUGUGAGAAAUAGCCAAGACUGGGGGAGGACGGUGGCAAA